AUGAUUAUGGACGUGAUGAAUGAAACUUUUAUUGAAAGUGCUGCUGUGGGAUUUAAGAAACUUGGAAAUUAUCAUAUCACAGACGUCAACGAAAAUUCAAAUGAGAAAAUUUACUUUGUAUCAAUUGCGUUUCGUGGUAAUUGGAUGAGUGCACAAAGUUUUUGUCGUAGUUAUGGAAUGGAUUUGGUUGCUCUUGAAAGCGAACAUGAAGCAAAAUAUUUCAUGAAAUCUUGUGAGAAAGAAAUUCAAAGUUUUGAGGCUUUUUCUCAUAUUGGUGGAGUUUUCGAGUCAAAGGAUAACAAAUGGCAUUGGAUAACAUCGAGUGAAAAAAUAAAUUUUGAAUUAAAAUUCUCUUCCGAUAACAAAAAUGAAGGAGAUAAAAAAGAUGAGAAUUGCUUACAGCUUGUAAAGGAUAAUAAUGGAUUUUCUUAUGGAAGAACAAGUUGCUUCGGUGACAAACUGCAACCGUUUGUUUGUCAAAGAAUGAUAAUUAAAAUGAAUAGAUGGAAAGAAUUAUUUGGGAAAUGA